UGUAAAUUUCAAAUUUUGACAUUUGAAAAUUUUCUCUCCUCGUUUUCUCACAAGGUACACUCCAUUUUGCGGUGUUGAUCUACUUCGUUCGAUUUUUUAAAAUAUAAAAACAAAUCAUAAAAAUAUGGCUGCACAAUUCUUCAAUCGCAUUGGCCAAUUGGGCUUGGGAGUUGCAGUCAUCGGCGGAGUUGUCAAUUCUGCAUUAUAUAACGUCGAUGGUGGCCACCGGGCGGUUAUAUUCGAUCGGUUUACUGGAGUCAAGCAAGAGGUUGUCGGCGAGGGUACACAUUUCUUUAUUCCAUGGGUACAACGUCCAAUUAUCUAUGACAUUCGUUCGCAACCCCGAAAUGUGCCAGUUGUAACUGGAAGUAAGGAUUUGCAAAAUGUCAGCAUCACACUUCGUAUUUUGUAUCGUGCAAUUCCCGAUCAAUUGCCCAAGAUUUAUACUAUUCUUGGUCAAGAUUAUGAUGAGAGGGUAUUGCCUUCAAUUGCUCCUGAAGUACUUAAGUCUGUUGUUGCUCAAUUCGAUGCUGGGGAGCUCAUUACACAGCGUGAGAUGGUUUCACAGCGUGUCUCCGAAGAGCUGACCACUCGUGCCAAACAGUUCGGUUUUAUCCUUGACGACAUCUCCAUCACACAUUUAACUUUCGGUCGGGAAUUCACAUUGGCCGUAGAAAUGAAACAAGUUGCCCAACAAGAAGCCGAAAAAGCUCGUUUCGUUGUCGAGAAGGCAGAACAACAAAAAUUGGCUUCCAUUAUUUCAGCUGAGGGUGAUGCCGCUGCAGCUGGUCUUUUAGCCAAGGCUUUCGCCGAAGCUGGUGAUGGUCUUGUUGAACUUCGUAGAAUUGAAGCUGCCGAAGAUAUUGCUUAUCAACUAUCCAGAUCACGUGGAGUUGCCUACUUGCCAGCCGGCCAAAAUACUCUCCUUAAUCUACCUGCAUCUAUUGCUCAAUAGAUCUGAUUGAACACAGAGUCUGAAUGAGUUGAUUAGCAUUUAACACCAUUUCGCAUACAUUUUCUUUUUAUUAUUAUUUUUGUUUUUCUUCUUAUUUUAUAAACGAGUGUAAGAAUAGUUCCAAAAGAAAGAAAAAAAAAAGUUCAAAAAAUCCAAUUGGUUUGCAGAAUUGUAGUAUGAAGUUUGACUGUGUCAUCGUUCUGCUUAAUAUUUCUCGAAAAAACUGUUGAAAGAAAGAUUUUUAUUGUUUGAUUUUUUACAACAGCUUUUUUGGGAGAUUUUAUUGAUUUUUUUUUAAUUUAGUUUAUCGAUAAAGUCAAAAUUUAAAAAUGUUUUCUUUAAGGAAAAAAUAAAACUGUGCAUUAUCUUUUCGAUAAUAAAAAUUAUAAAAUACAAUCAUUUGUUAUUUA